ACUUUCAUUGAUGAACUAUUAGAGGAUGACAACAAUCAGCGUUUUCAUCUACACCCAAAGAAUUGUAUUCGUGGUGCACUAGAUGUAUCGUUAAAAGAGUCUAUGGGAUUCGGGUCCUUCAAAACAACACAUGCGGGGUGGUUAACACUUUUCGGAUCUGUUAACAAUGGCUUGGGCCACAAUAGCCCAGAAGAAGUAGCUGUGAAGCGUUUAUAUCACAAAAUCAUGGUUGGCAAACAGGGGAAAUCAUGUUUUGGAACCGGUGCACAAUUCUUGAUGGAUGAGGAUAAAAAAGAAUUUGCAGUUGGUCGUUACUCGGCAACUGAGGAGUUAAACAAGAUCGAAAUGGAGGCCAACAUCUUAUAUUGGGCGCAGUCACUCAUGUCAAUGACCUAUGCAUUCAUUGACAGCACUCUGAAAUCAUCGUUAUCCUCACCCUCCUUCAACAUUCCUCGGGUACUAUUUGUUAGGGCUGGAGUAGCCAUUGCACACACAGGGCUCCACAAAAAAGGCCCGGCUCAUUCCCAGACAUCGAUCAGAGCUGUUUAUCUUCUAGAGGAAAAGAUAAAUGAACAUCAAGAUGGAGAAUUCAUCAAGUAUAUUCAUAAUUCUGAUGCGGCUCCCAUGCUGGAGAAAGUAUGAGAAGACAGGGAAAGCCGUUUAUAUCUCAGAUUUUCAAGGGAGUAGAAGUCUUCUGUCAGACCCGCAAAUCAUGACUAAUCCCGACAAAGUCGGUUUCAAUAAUGAUAUGUUCGGAGAAGGAAAUGUGCAAUCAGCUGUGCUUUCAUUUGAGCACGAACAUGCCUGUAAUAAAUAUUGCAGA